AUGCGUGCUACCUUUGCUCUGUCCAACGCCGCCCGGACUCCCCUGAUCCGAUUCGUCGGCAAGCGGUCCGUCCCCAAGACUGUUGACCACACCCCUCGUGUCCACCCGGCCUCUCCCGCAGGAUCUCUUCCCGACUCCUUCGCCGCGUACCGCGCAAAGGCCCAGCAGCACGGUCCCCUCGGCCGUGCCUCGUUCGCCAGCGGCAUCGGUGGCCAAGCCGGUGCUUCCUUGGGCCCCAUUCGUCCCCGAGCAGGCGAGUUCUUCGACCGCGCCGAGCUUCCCGCUCGCUUCGGCCGUCUCCCCUGGAGCCAGGCCGAGAUCGACGCCGUCGAGACCGGCGGCGCGAGCAUGUUCGCGUAA